UAUCGGUCAUUAAGUCCCGCCACGCUCAACAUCUAAAGUGUAGCUGGUCUUUUGGAUAUAAUCCAGAGAAAAAGGAGGAGGUACAUUAGAAUGUUGACCAUGAGUUUUGGUCAAGCAAAAUGGUAAAGGAUGUUGAUGGAAGAAGGUCUUACAUUGAGAAGAAUCCAUAUGCUCUUCUCGCUAUCCUUAGCCCCAUUACCGCCAUGGCUUCUUCCCUCGUUUCAAAACAUUCCAAGCAAACCCCUCGCAUCCUUGCGCCACCUGACCAAUGCCACCAAAUUUGCACAAGGUGCACUGUCCAUCCACGCCGGUGUCAAGUUUCGGACUAUGUCGUCCAACUUCUUCUUAUCUUCUUCGCCCAAGCUGGCGAUCAGUUCCUCCCAGUUUUGGGCUUUGAUGUUUUCGUUGCUUUGGCAUUCGCAGAAGAUGUUGUAUGCAGCCACAGUGAUGUCGUUGUCGGCGGCCAUCAAGAUCUGCUGGCAGCGGUUGGUGGCCAUCUUUGUGUUUGAUUUGAAAGUCUUUGUAGUACUUUGGGGGGUUGCAACCUUUUUCUUCUAGUCGGCACGGCCGAGGCUUGUAGUUGUCUUGCGAGCUGUGUACUUUGACUCUGGAACAUAAAGUAGAACGGGGCUGGUUUUGUAUACAGGAUAUUGCCUUGCAUCAUUGACUCCAAAGGCGAUGAUUCAAUAGAGC